GGUCUCCUCCUCCCCCCCAUUUUAUUCACCUACUUAACUCUCUCCGUCGUCGGAUUUGUAUUCGUUUCCGAGAAAGGGGGUUUAGGGUUUUAGGCUUGUCGGUACGAUGGACGAGAAUUUGCUGGACGAUAUAAUACGGCGGCUGUUGGAGACUAACAACGGGAAGCAGGUGAAGCUACUCGAGGCUGAGAUACGCCAGCUCUGCUCUGCUUCCAAAGAGGUUUUUCUCAGCCAGCCUAAUCUCCUCGAGCUCGAGGCUCCUAUCAAGAUUUGCGGUGAUGUUCAUGGUCAGUUUCCAGACCUCUUGCGGUUGUUUGAGUACGGCGGCUACCCUCCAGCUGCAAAUUACUUGUUCCUCGGAGACUACGUUGAUCGUGGUAAGCAGAGCAUAGAGACCAUAUGCCUUCUCCUUGCCUACAAGCUCAAAUACAAGCUCAACUUCUUUCUCCUCAGAGGCAAUCACGAAUGCGCUUCUAUCAACCGUGUUUACGGCUUCUACGAUGAGUGCAAGAGAAGAUACAACGUGCGCCUGUGGAAGAGUUUCACCGACUGUUUCAACUGUCUCCCCGUUGCUGCUCUCAUCGACGACAAGAUCCUCUGUAUGCACGGUGGACUUUCUCCUGAUCUCAAGACCUUGGAUGAUAUCAGGCGGAUUCCUCGUCCUGUUGAUGUUCCUGAUCAGGGCGUCCUUUGUGAUUUGUUAUGGGCUGAUCCUGACAAAGAAAUCCAAGGCUGGGGGGAGAAUGACAGAGGUGUGUCUUAUACAUUUGGUCCCGACAAAGUGGCUGAGUUCCUUCAGACUCAUGACCUUGAUCUUGUUUGCCGAGCUCAUCAGGUUGUAGAAGAUGGAUAUGAGUUCUUUGCAAAGAGACAACUGGUGACAAUAUUCUCUGCACCCAACUACUGUGGUGAGUUUGACAAUGCUGGCGCAAUGAUGAGUGUUGAUGAUAGUUUGACAUGUUCUUUCCAAAUCCUCAAGUCAACUGAGAAGAAAGGAAGAUUUGGAUACAACAACAACGUUCAUAGGCCAGGAACCCCACCUCAUAAGGGGGGAAAAGGUGGUUGAGAUGGGGGAAUCAAGAAAAGAGUGAAGCCGAAGGGUUCGAACUUUAUGGUCAAUGUAAUGUAGGUGAUUUGAGGCAACACCGUUUGUUGUUUUGUUUGAUUGAUGCAAAGAUUUUGGUUUUGUUAGAUUGUUUUGUAACUGAUACGGCAUUUUUCAACUUAAGAAAGUUGGGUUUAUAAUCUAA